UUAUUGGACGUCGUCGGGGUCCUCGAAGCGAAAGUGUCUCUCCUCUUCCGUUUCUCAUAUAAAAAACUUCCUCCUUUCGGUACACAGGAGCUUGUUGUUGCUAACGUAGCAUUUUCUCUUGUUUUUUCUACUGUUUCGUUGGAACUGUUCUCUUUUCUUAGAUACUUGGGUUUGUACUAGCUUUUCCUCAGUUCGAAUUGGUCCAGUGGAUAACUCCUGCAGCUCGCCUUGUUCAUAGUGAAAGCUGUUACAUGAUUCCAUUAUAAACUCAUUCUGUUUCUCGAUAACCAAUGGUUGAGAAAGUGUUGAAUUAUGACGCUUUGCGUAACGAACAUUUUGACGCUCUAGAGGAAUUAGAAAAACUCAUUCCUAAGGAUGCAUCGUCUCCAUCAUCGGAUGGGGUGAGUGAAACACGUACCUUAUUGCAGGAUUGUUUGCGAAUCGUUUCUGAAGAUACUGCUCACGAGAAUGAGGUGUACGAACAAGUGAAACAAAAACAGAAGCAGGAAGAUUUGGCUAUCAAACAGGGUGUUCAGAAUCUUUUAAUGGAACUAAAGCAACUCUUCAUGUUCGCCAAUGACACACAAACUUCUAUUGUUCAAAUGACCUCAGAAAUCAAAAGUUUGGAUAUGGCUAAAACAAAUAUUACUUCGUCCAUGACACUCUUGAAGCGAUUACAGAUGCUUGUUACCGCGUUUGAAAAGCUCCGUUAUUUUCGACAAACGCGAAACAUUGGUGAUUCUGUGGGAAUGAUGCAAGUCGUCCUACAGUUGUUGCAGUAUUUCAAGCAGUAUCGCAGUGUGGACCAAAUUGCUGCACUUACUCAGUGUAUCGUAAAUUUCAAAACUUCUUAUGAUUUGCAAAUUCGGGAAAUGUUUGAGCUGUUAUUUAAGAAAAAUGAGUCAUUGCCAGACAGGAGUUCAGCGUCCACUAUAAAAAAUAUGAAGGAUGCCUGCAAGCUUUUUGACGUCUUGGGUGAGGAAUCCAUAAAAGCUAUUACUGAUUGGUACUGUAAGCACCAGUUGUCUGAUUUUUUACGUCUUUUCCAAGAGAAUGAGGAGGCAAAUGCUUUAGAAAACUUGUCUCGAAGAUAUACAUGGUUUGCGAAGCUGCUGACAACAUAUGACACUUCACAUAAAGAUAUUUUCCCAGAGAAUUGGCGAGUAGACUAUCAUCUUUGCAUGUGUUUCUGUGAUUCCACGAAGUCGAAUCUUAAGAUGCUGUUAUCACAGAAAAAAGACUCGCUGAAAUAUGAUGUAUUUGUCGGUGCCUUACAGCAUACUGUAGCUUUUGAAGAUUCACUUAAAAACCGUUUUGGUCGUCGGCAAACAUCGGAGCGUUCUCGGCUGUCUCUAGAUUCAACCAUGAGCAUUGAUCUUUCAAAUGGAGUAUUUGAUGGAAUCAUUUCAGAGGUUUUCGAACCUUACGUGGACAUAUAUUUUGCCCAACAAGAGUUACUUUUAAAGUCUAUUCUAACGAAGGCCCAGUCGUCUAAUGCGCAUGAUGAAUCUCUCUUGGUUCUUCCGUCUUCAACUGAUCUUUUCCGUGCUUAUCGGGGUAUAUUAGCUCAAUUCGUUCGGUUCAGUAGAUCUGAGGCCUUACUGUCCUUGGCAAAACUAUUCGCAUCUUGGUUGAGUAAAUACAUUCGCAAUGUUUUACUGUUGAACUCAUUGACCGUUCCCAUCAGAGAAUUGGCUGUUCGUAUAAACACAUCGGAUUACAUUUGUGUUACCACUUUACAGCUGGAAGAUAAGUUUAAGAAGAUCUGCGUUUCUGAAUUACAAGAUCAAGUGUCUUUUAAGCGUGUCGUUGACGAAGUAAAUGAAUGCGUGAGCAAACUUCUGAAGGAAAUUACAAUUCGUUUUGAAAGAGCUUUUGAGCAGAGCUUUCAAGCUAUUUCAAAAAUUAAUUGGAAGCAGCUGGAGACAGUUGGCGAUCAAAGUCCUUAUAUUGGCACUACUAUUGAAACCAUUGAUCAAUUAGCAGAUCAAGUUUUGCCUUUGUUGGAACAGACUCGUUACGUUCGUAACGUUUCUGACAGAGUCAGCGAUGUAUUUGUUGCUAAGUUUCUGGGCAGUUUAACUCGAGUGAAGCAAAUUCCGGAGGUAGCAGCUGAGCAGUUACUUCUUGACGCGUAUUCAAUUAAGAAAUUUCUUCUCACAUUACCUUCAAAGAAACCGGAUUAUCAACCAACGGAAGCGUAUGUGCGUUAUGUAUCUAAUGUUUGUCGCUACGUGGAAAUAUUCCUUAAAACCUUACUUACACCUGCUCAUCCAACAGAAGGCUUAGUGGAUAGUUACCUGUUCUUGGUUGGUGAUCGAUCUAUAUCAAAUUUCUCAACUAUUUUAGAGUUCAAGGGAAUUGGGAAAAGUGAGCAGGCAGGCUACUUAAGCUGUUUUUCCAAGAAGGUUUCCGGUAACGAAUCUUUGCAGGAUUCACUUCCGCUAUUCCAAUACUUAGAGCAAAACUCAUUCGCUGCUAAAGCUAAGACUUCUUUCGAAUUGACACCUGAGCACACCCGGAAGUUUCGCGACUUGGGGCGGUUAUUUGUAAGUAAACGAAGAACUGCUUCAUAGUGUAAUGAUUCAAUGAACUAUUAUGAAGAGAAUUUAAAUUAUGUUAAUGUCUUAACUACUAUGAGCAAUCUACGAACAAGUAAUCAAAUGAAAUUUGUUUCUUUGGUAUAA